AUGUCCUUCUACAACCCACUCAGCAUCAUGGCUGCGGAUGCUACGGAUGCUUUCCGCCCGCUCCGCAUCCCGGGACCAUGGUUGCUGCCCCUGCUUCUUCUCUUCGCUUCCGAUUUCCCUGCACCGGCCCUUGGCUUGCUGGGUUUCCGCCCGGAGGAUACGGGAAAAGAGCUGUCCGUGGAGGAUGGGGUGCUGAAGGCGACCGAAGGAACGCGCUUCAUGCUACGCGUGUACUAUGCAGCAUCUCCGCAGAGGCUCAACCGAACUGUCAGUGGCAGAGCCGACGCUGCAACUGCACCGUGGAUCGCGUUUAUAGAGGAACCUGAACCUGGCAGAGAGGGACAGGUUCACCCAAAACGGAACUUGUGCGUUGAAGAAAGUGCAAGGAGCUCUGACAUCGAGCUACUAGGGACUUUUAAAUCUGCCUCAAGCCAAAAUUCCAUCCUGGUGGAGUUGCUUGCUAAAGACCUACGACGAGGUGAGAAAAUCAAGUAUUAUUCAAUGUGUGCCUUUGACGGGGCGAAGUGGGAGCACUUUAGAACGAGAGACUUCUGGCUCGCAGUCGUCGAGCGGCCACCUCAUGCUGACGGAUGGCUUCAAGCGACUCUAUCGGUGCUGCUGUUGGCGCUGUCUGCGCUCUUCAGCGGGCUCGUUAUAAGUAUGCUCGCUCUUGACCCCGUGGAGCUCAAAGUGCUCCAAAACAGCGGCACCGAGAAGGAGCAAAAGUAUGCGCGAAAGAUCGAGUCUGUGCGCAAACACGGCAACUACGUGCUCUGCACCUUGGUUCUGUGCAAUGUGCUCACCAAUACAUUCUUAGUUAUUUGGAUGUGCCAAAUUCUAGGACUCACACCUCUGUCGACCGCAGCCUGCACUUUUCUGAUCUUCUUUGUUGGAGAGAUUCUGCCGCAUUCCGUUGCAUCCAGACACGGACUGGCAAUAGCUUCCAAGACCAUCUGGUUGACACGAUUGCUGAUGUUGGUGACUUUUCCCAUCACAUACCCAAUUAGCAAAUUACUGGACAACAUGUUGCACCAAGAAAUUAGUAACUUCUACACUCGCGAAAAGUUACUGGCAAUGCUGCGCGUCACAGAUCCCUAUCACGAUUUGGUGAAAGAGGAACUCAACAUCAUACAAGGGGCCCUGGAACUUAGGACCAAAACGGUCGAGGAUGUGCUGACUCCGCUCAAUGACUGCUUCAUGCUGGCUUCAGACGCCAUCCUGGAUUUCUAUACAAUGUCUGAUGUCAUGCAGAGUGGUUAUACACGGAUCCCUGUGUUUGAGAAUGAGAGGUCCAACAUUGUGGACAUUCUGUUUGUUAAAGACCUCGCCUUCGUUGAUCCAGAUGACUGUACCCCUCUAAAAACCAUCACCCAGUUCUACAAACAUCCUUUGCAUUGUGUAUUUAAUGAUACCAAGCUUGAUGCAAUGCUUGAGCAGUUCAAGAAAGGGAAGAGCCACUUGGCUAUAGUGCAAAGAGUCAACAAUGAGGGAGAAGGGGACCCAUUCUAUGAAGUCAUGGGCAUUGUAACUUUGGAGGAUGUUAUUGAAGAGAUCAUCAAGUCAGAAAUUGUGGAUGAGACAGAUCUGUACACUGAUAACCGCACUAAGAGGCGAGUGUCUCACCACGAGAGAAAACAGCAAGACUUCUCUAUCUUCAAACUAUCCGACAGUGAGAUGAAGGUGAAGGUGUCCCCUCAACUGCUGCUGGCCACACACCGCUUUCUAGCUACAGAAGUGGAGCCUUUUAAGCCGUCCCAUCUCUCAGAGAAGAUCCUGCUGCGCCUCAUUAAGCAUCCAAGCGUUGUGCAGGAGCUCAAGUUUGAUGAGAAAAACAAGAAAUCACCAAAGCACUACCUCUACCAGCGCAACAAGCCUGUUGAUUAUUUUGUCCUGAUUUUGCAGGGUCGAGUAGAAGUUGAGAUCGGUAAAGAAGGACUGAAGUUUGAAAACGGUCCUUUCACUUACUAUGGCAUGCCUGCCAUUAUGGCUGUCCUACCCACAGUUCACAGGUCACCAUCACGUAGCAGUGGACUAAACCAUUCUGACACGACUAUCCACGGGGGUAGUCUGGGCCAGCUGAGCAUAAGUGGAGGGGCAUACCUACCAGACUACUCUGUCCGCCAGCUCACGGACCUGCAAAUUAUCAAGAUCACCCGUAACCACUAUCAGAAUGCUCUGACGGCCACACGGAUGGACAGCUCUCCACAAACACCUGAUGCAGAAACACAGGCCACAGGCGAGAGAUCGACCAUCCCGGAGACUCGCUCCAACAGCAUUGCCCUGCCCCUGACCCGAUCCCACCAACACACGCAGCACUUCAGACAGCCCCACAGUACCUCCACACUCAACGAGAGGAACCGCAUCGUCAGGAGUAAAUCAGAUGGGCAGAAGAGCCCCAGCGACUCUGUGUUCCUGCGCAUGGACGAGAUCCCCUACAUGCGGACCGAAUGUCUAGAAGAAAAAGGAGGAAAUGACUCUAUGACCAUACCUAUGGAAACGGGCCUGUCCACGUCUCAGUUGAUCAGCUCACACUCUCUGAAUGGAUCAGAUGAGACACUGGGCAAGAAGCUGCUGCGUAAACUGAGUAACAAAAAGCGGAAAAAGUCCCGCGAUGGGGAGAAACCAAUAGAGGACAGUUGUGAACAGUCCCAGGUGAAGACCUAGCACUGAGAGCGUGGGCCUUUGCCUUUCUCACACUUCUACAGACUCCCACCAAUGUGAAAUCUCCUACUGUAAUGCUGACUGACUUUUUAAAGGAGAAAAGAGCUCAGUGUGCUGAGAAGGACACUGAAGAAGAUCUUAAGACCUUGCCUUCUACAU